UUUCACGUGAUAAUUUUGGAUAACGAUCAUAGGCCCGUCACAUGUCUGCUUGAUAUUGCUAGCUUGUGCUGAGUUAUAAGUUUAUUUUAUAAUUAUAACUGAAAUAUUCUAUACUAUAGGAAAUGUAAGUUACUUCGGUCAGAUUAUAGUGCAAUAAAAUGAACUGACCGAGCAUUUAUCACACAAUGACAAUAUAUGAUGAAAAUAUGAUUAUAAUUAUAAAAAGUUAAAGUCUUAAAUUUAAAUUUAAUUAACUUGGACUUGGACACUUUAGUCUUAGUAAAGUUAUUCAUAGUAUAAUAGUAAUAGCCCUAAUUAAUAGUGUAGCGUACAACUUUUAACUUGUACUUAUUUUAGAUUUAGCCUAGCUCUAGGCCAAAGUCUUAAGCCUAAACUGUUUUAAACUUAGACUUAAUUAAACUUUAAAACUUAUUAAUAAAGGCAUGCCGCAUAGUCUACAGUGAAGUAGCCUACAGUUACAGGCUACAAUUCAAUAUAUAAUAAUAUAGGUAAUUACUUGUACGACGUGGACGUACAAUACGUAGGCAGGCCUAUCCUAUAAGCUUAUUACGUAGGCCUAUAAGCCUAUUACGUAGGCCUAUAAGCCUAUACUGGCUAUACUGACCUAUAGUGUGGUCUAUAACUUAGUCUACUAAUAGUAAUUAGUUAUAUACUUACUAACUUAGACUUAGAUAAGUUAACUUAGGACUUAGGGUAAUGGAGGGCAUUAAGCCCCAUGUUUUCAAGAACUUUUUAUUGUUCUCUCUGAAAUAAAUGAAUAUUAUUAAAUUCAAACUGAAAAUGUUUUUAAAUAACAGACCACACAUCUUUCUUGAAGUACAAAAGCUUUACUGAGCAAAAUUUAAAGAAAAAAGGUUACAAAGUUAAAAACUAAUUAUGACUUAAAUUUAACAAAAUGGGGGCAAUUAGCUUCAGCAUGUUCAAUGCAUAUAUUUUCACAUAGGUUGUAGUGAUGUAGGCAAUUCUGACAGAUCUAUUCCAUGGCUUCAAUGUCAGAUUUUUCUGGGAUUUCAUUUCAUUAUCAAAACUAUAUUUUAACAUUUGUUAAACCUAUUUCAUUCUACAAAUUAAUAACUUUUGAUUUUCAAUUUAAACUUUAUUUGUCAUAAUCUGUUUAAUGCUAUUUGAAUUAAAACAUGGAUUUUAUUAAUCUGAUCAAUAUUAUUUGGUUGUUUUAAUCAUCUUUUAACAGUUGGCGGUGUUAAGCCCCUGCUAUUUAAAAUAUUCAUUUUUAUAAACUAAUUAAAUAAAUAAAUAAUAUACAGAACCACAUCUCUUUUACAAAUGCUACCUAUUCAAAAUAUUAGAUGGAACUUUAGUAUUAAAGUGAAUUUUAGAACUUUUUAUAAACCAGCUCUAAAUCAUUCAUCCAACUGCCAUUUUACUUUGCAAAAUGACCAGCGCCAGCUUCAUUUGCUCUACUAAUACUAAUAUUAGUAUUUUAACUCAUUCAUUACAUACACAUAGUUAAAAACUAAAAAAAAGUAGGCCCUACUUGCUGAGUUUAGUUUUACUUGUUUUUGUAUGUAAACUAAAAAACUUUCACUGUAGAAAUACAAUUUCAAGUAAAAAUAAACAAGCACCCUCUUAGCUGAAGUUUUACAAAGGGUUUGAAGAAGGCUGAAAACUAGAGGGGAAAAGCACUCAUCUAAAAAGGCAAAUUAAAAAUCAAUCCCAUAGGUUAGAAACCCAAGAAUGGUUGUGAAAAGUUCUCUGAUUGGUUAGUAAGUUUCUGUCAACUAAAGCUUAAUGCCUUUCUCUCUUCUUACAAUAGUAUCAAGCAUUUUAUUGUAUGAACUGAGCAAUUAGGGCUUAAUACCCCAUGGAGCCAAUAACCUCCCUUUACUCUAAUAAGUAUAGAAGUAAUACUAUAUAUUUUAUUACUAAUAUUACAUAGACCUAGGCCUAGGCAAAUGUAGCCCAAGAUUCAAUUCAUAAUAUAUUGUAACAUUUAAAAAUGUUAGUACCAUUUCAUUAGUAGUAUAGUUUAAUAUUAAUAGUAUUCAGAUAUUUUAUAAUUUAUAGUCUUAAAUGUGAUGUUCUGUGUUUUCUUUUUUGUUGUUGUUUUUUUUAAUUUUAUUCAAUUAUUCAUUGAUUUGAUUCAAAUCAAUGAAUAAUACUACCCUAAGCUUGGGAUAUAUAGAAAGGUUGUGAUUGUGAUCAAAAUAUAAUUUCUUAUUUAUUUCUAUUUAUUCUUUUGCAGUGCCUUUGCUAUAGACUACUAUUUCCUUCAAAAAUGUCUUCAGUAUCAGCAGAGCAGAAGCUACCUUCUGUUUUUCUUGGACGUUCAGGUCUGAAGGUUUCUAACUUGUGCUUGGGGGCUAUGACAUUUGGUGAAUCUGCUGUAAGUAUUAAUAUAGAAUAUUUUAUCUAAAACAAGUUUAAAUAGGAAGAACCCAAACCUAAAUAAUCUUUCAACAAGAAUAGGUAAAAUCAAACAAUAAAAACAUGGAUAAGUUAAGAUAUUUUGGUUCUAUCAGUAUGUUAGAUAUUAAGUUAACAUUUUAUUUCUACAAAAUUUUACAUCAAUGAAUAAAAUUCAACAAAUAACAGUGGGGAACCCCAGGACAAUGUGAUGAGGACCUUUCCCAUCAGAUCCUUAAUCGAUAUGUGGAAUGGGGUGGAAACUUCAUAGAUACUGCAGACGUUUAUGGUCGUGGAAAAUCAGAAGAAAUCGUUGGAUCAUGGCUUGCAAAGUAGGUCUACUUCCUCCUCUUUUUCUUUUAUUUUUCAUGGAAAAAACAUAAAUAGUAUAAAUUGAGUUUGACUGCAGCAAAUUUAAAUUGUAUUAAUUUAACUUAAAAACAAUUAACUACUAAAGAAAGUAAAUAUGACAGUUUUACACACAUUUUAAAAAUAUUUUAAAUGACUUGUUCAAGAUAAAACUAACAUUGCAGUUAAAACAUGUUUUUAUCCCAGGCAGCCUAGAGAAAAUUUCGUCAUUGCUACCAAAGUACGUGCUAACAUGGGAACUGAGCAAAAUGUCAAUAAUGUUGGACUUAGCAGACGUCACAUAACAGCAAGCAUUGACAACAGUUUACGUAGACUACAAACUGAUUAUGUUGAUUUAUACCAGGUAUAUAUUAUUAGGUGGAUUUAUAUAGCACAGUACCCCAGACUAGGGCUAGGCUCACUGCGCUUCACAUAAAAAUUAGCAAAUACAGAAACUUAUACAUUUAAAAACUAUUGGUGGAAAGCUUGACCUCACCCCUCCAAGUACUAUCUACCCCUGUCUAGCCAUGGACAGCACCCAGCAGAAUCGAUCGUCGUUUAUUAGUCAUAGCGGGGUGAGAAAGAGUCGGUAUACUAAAGUUUGAAGAGAUGGGUCUUGAAGGCUGUGAUGGUUGUUAUAUUGCGGAUGUGUAAUGGGAGACAAUUCCAUUGUUUUGGAGCAUUUGCUACGAUUAAAAGAUUUGUCAUUAUAAAAUUAUGUUUACUUAAUAUUGGCAUGAUCAAUAAAUUUAAUAAGGGGCGAAAAAAUUCACAGAAUUUUAAAUGUUUACAUUUAUUUAAAGCUUAAGAUUCUCCCAAUAAAAAGCUCUUUUAUUGUUAUCUCAUUACUUGUUUUAGACACAUGUGUUUGAUAAUGCUACCCCUCUAGAAGAGACUUUCCAAACUCUUAAUGACCUGGUGCGAAUAGGAAAAGUCCGAUACAUUGGAGUCAGUAAUUUUACUGGAUGGCAGCUGCAGAAGGCUGUAGACCUUAUUGAAAAAUUAGGAUUGAAUUCUAUUGUUAGUUUACAGGUAAAUCUUAAUUUUUUUCUUUGAAAUUAGUACCUAAUUGAGAAAUAUAUGUGAAUUUCAUGAGUUGUUCCUUUUUAUUAGUAAUUAUUUAAAUUUUUACAUAAAAGAUUGUGAUACAUUUUCUGGAAGGUAUACUUAUAACAUUUAAAGUUAUUUCAAUUGAGAGAGUGGAAGAAAACAGCAGUAAGUGAAUUAAGCAGAAAAUAGAACUGAGAAAAUAAAAUUGUUUAUGGCCUAUUUACCCCUGGGAUUGAAUAAGGCAAGGAAGAAGUUUUAGAAAGAUUUAAAUUUAUCCUAAAAGACAAAUGCAUCUAGAAUUAGUAGAAUGUGAUAAAGUCAAACUUCCUUUUCUUUUCUGUAAAAAAAAAUUUAAAAAUCAAUCAAGCAAAUUGUUUUAGAUUUACCAUCCACAUUAAAUUAUAUGUCAUUAAAAAAAUGCAACUCAUAAUUUGCAUCAUUUAAAAUAAAUUAUCUGUCAUCCCAGCAACAAUAUAAUUUGGUUAGUCGUGACUCUGAGCUAGAACCAUUCCAAGUUUGUAAGACGGCUGGCAUUGGAGUCCUACCUUGGAGUCCACUCAAAGGGUGAAAAGAAAUUACAAAUAUUAGCUUCUUUUUAAGUCUAUUUAACAUCAGUAUCAGUCACCCACUUCAUAAUAUGCUCAUAUUCAUUCUCAUCAAGUUUUGUCAAAUAGCUAAUUUUUUCUGCAAAUUUUGAAAAUAUUUCUACAAGCAAGAAACCAACUACACUGGUUUAAUAAACUAAGAGAGGGUUUAAUAAAUUUUUGGAUGUAAUCUCACAAGUCAUAAUCAAAUAUUAUACGGUAAUCAUUGUGUAUACUGGUCAUGGGAGAUAUGCUUCAUGGAAACAUUUGUAAAUCAUUUACUAUUUUGUUACAGAGGUUUGCUAACUGGAAAAAUCAAACGAGGUGUGAAGCCAGCCGAGGGAAGAUUAGCCUGGGUAGCUGAUGAUGAAAACAAGAAAAGCCAGGCAGCUCCGUUGUGGACUAGCUUUGAUGACAAGACAUUCGACCUCAUUGAAGCUGCUGAAGCCAUUGGCAAGAAAUAUGGUAAAUUAUUAGUUAAGUUUCAUUACAUUAAUGCACAUUUACAUUUGUUUAUAGUGGGACUUAUAAUUGAGGAUGUGUAUAUUUCUCAAAAGGCUAUGAAGGCCUCCUACCAGCCUUUUUGUGUAGUUUUUGAACUGAAUCAAUGAGAUUGGUAUUGCAUUUCAAGUUCCAGUUUCAUUAACUGAAAUAUCAACUCUAAAGAGUCAGUACCAAGAGACAGAACAUACAUAGUUGAGGGAAGUGCUGUGAUAUGUGAAACCUGUUAUUUUGUAUGGUUUCUCUUCUCAUGCUGGGUUACUGUUAACUUCAUGUAAUAAAAAUUAAAUUAUAAUAUCUGAGUUUAUAUUUCUUUUAAACCCUUUACAUUUUGAAAGGAAAUAUUAGGUCAAGAUAGGUGUAAUUUUUUAUUGUGAUAUUUUUAGCAUGUUUUUAUUGUGCACCAACUAUUACAGAGCGCAGUGUUGCACAAGUCGCCAUCCGCUGGUUGCUGCAGAAAGAUGUUGUGUCUUCAGUCAUUCUUGGCGCAAGAAAUCUCACUCAGCUUGAUGACAACUUGGGGGCAGGCAAUGGCUGGUCAUUGACCAAGGAAGAGGUAUAAAAAAGGCAGAGGUGCUUAAACGUAAAACCUACAACUAAUAGAAAAGCCUUUAGAUCACCGUUAGCAUUUUAGUGGAACCUUAACAAAAAAAUAAAAGGAUAGUAAAAAUAGAAAAUAACAGUUUCCCAGAAUUCUGUUAAUAACCAUCAAAGUGGUAGGACUUGAAAAUCCUUGCAUUUAAAGAAUUUCAAAUUUCUUUAUAUUUAAAAUUAAAACUUAAAUUUUUGUUUUAAAUCUAAAUAUGCCAGACUUACUAGCAUUAUAAUGAACAUUCUUUUGCUGAACCGUAGGAGCUUUUACUUUUACUAAAUCAGUCCCACACAAAUAACCAUUGGUUCAUCAUCAUCAUGUCCCUUAGUCCUUGGAUUGUUGGGACGCCACAGAUGACAUGUAAACUAUCCUCCUCCAUUCAUCUCUGUCUUCUGCACUUCGCACAGCAUCGUCUAGUUUUAGUCCCGUCCACUCUUUCAUGUUAUCUUCCCAUCUUUUUCUCUGUCUUCCUCUUCUUCUACCUCCUCUUGUUGUGCCUUGCAUGAUAUCUUUGGUGAGCAUUUGUUUCCUUGUCACGUGGCCAUACCAUUCCAGUUUGCGCUUUUUUUAGUCACCAGGAGGUGACAUCAAGUUUGACCAAGUUCUCAUCAUAUCAAAUAAUUCUAAAUCUUCUCAAUUUCAGAUGCAACAACUUGAUGACCUCUCCAAACCAACUCUGCCCUACCCUUAUGAAUUUGUGUUCCGAUUCAAUGAGGACCGCAGGAAUCCAAACACUACUGACCACUACGUCAGAUCCCUGUAUGACUGAUGAUGCCUCUGUCCCAGUCAGUGUUUGAUUGACACUCAGUUUUGUUCUUGGUCAUAGCAAAGAUUCUAUGGCAUUUAUUCCAGACUACUGACUUAUUACUAUGUUGAUUAAUUCCUUGUAAUCUUCAUUAAUGUGUUUAUUGAUGUAAGGUACAGAUUACAUAUCAUAUGAUUGAGCAUUACAUCAAAAAUUAUUCUAGCAUUUAUUUAUUUCCUCCUUAUGCAAAUAUUCAAUUUUGUUUGUUGAUGGAUGUUUUUUUUUCUUUGUAAAGAAACCUCAGAUAUAUCUUUAACGAACAAAAGCUAUGCAUUUUGAAUAUAUUUGAAUAAAUUGUUGACCCAGCA